UGUGCAAUUUCUUUCAGACGCGCCAAAGUGGGUGUAAAUGAUUGCCGCCGCUAUGAUGACGGUGUGCAAAGUGUGGAGGCGCCAGGUUCAUCCGGUGGUCGUGUGGUGAUGAUACUGGCGCGCAUCCCAACACCGACAAAACACCUCGAUCCUUUGUUCUUUGAACCUCCAGCGACUGUGUCGAUACCUGUUCCCUUUUUGGCUCUGUAGGGCCGUCCAUUCCUUUUUCUCCCAUUUUCAAGCCCAUUGUGUUGUUCUCCUUCGUCGACCCCCAAUUUACCAUCUGAUACCCUCUAACGGAUUUUGAAACCCACCAUGCCCGGGAUGCUUACGAGAUCCAAGUCUCUGCGGUUCCUAAGAAACAAUCGCAGAGAUGUCAUUGAUCAAGAGAAGGGAAACACAAUGCCAGCUCUAAAAGCGUCUCAAACAGAUCUUGACAAAUACCAUGCGUCUACGGCGAAUUUGCAACUGGAGCGAAAUCUCAAGGCCCCAGACGUGGUAAUCAGACCGAGCACCUCAGGCGGGCCUGUAGAGCGCCCAGUGAUGUCUCGCAGGGAGAUCAGUCCUGCGCCAUCGUUCCAUUCGGAAGACCAUGUCCACUCUUUCCAAUCGCCUACAUCGUCGACAACCGUACUCUAUACCUCAGAUGUCACAAAAGAGCAGGGGAUCAUUGGUAUCGCUCUUGGAUCGCCAACUCGUGCUUCGCACUGGACCCCACCCCCUCAAGCAGUAGACUCGAAGACGAAUUCAGGAAUCACAGCCCUCCCAGCAAACAUGUUGACUCACCCCAACGCCUCAUCGCCAUCCCUGAGUGGUCCCCCGGGGCCGGCCAAACCCAAACUCAGUCGAUGGAAAUCGCUAUUUCGCAAAGCAGCGCCGCCACCCAUCACUCCGCAGGAGCAGGCCGCAUUCUAUCAGCUGUCGCAGUCGGUGGACAAAUCAGCUCGUGCCGACAGCCACCACGAUGAGGAAGUCAAUGAAUCAAAGACUUCACUCAAGGACGAAACAGGGAGGGACAAGCUGCGUAAUGUGUCGCCACCUGCAUACAAGCCCGACAUUCGCGAAUCGCGCAAAUGGAGCCAUGGAGAGUUUGUCGCACCCAAGUCACCUCCGCAAGCAACAUCGACCAGAGGCCGCGCGGUGACACUUGGAAAUCCUGCUUCAGACCUCCAGGAGAGGACCAUCCAACGCUCAAUCCCGGCAACACAUUUCCCCCUACGAACCGAGACUGACGACACUGCUUCAACCAUGGAUGCUAUAUCGCCCAAAAAUGUCGGUGCUUUUCCGGCUGUGGAGUCGAGCAGUUCAACACCGACGGAAGCUCCAAUUCUCGACAUCAUACUCCCUGAUAUCACAAUGGAGAGAUAUAGCAUCAUGUUCGGGAACCUUUUGCAGUCUGGACCGAGCCGUUCAUCACUCUUGGAGCGACGACAAGGAAAUACAGAAAAGGUCAAGCCGUUGAACGAGCUUUCUGUCAAGGACAAUCCACCAGUCGAGAGCUUCCCUCUUCAGCGCAGAGUGACUUCGCCGGUUGUGGCGUCUUCACCACGGUUAACACUGUUCCCUCCCACGACCACAUCUCGCGCACCUUCACCAUUGGGUACACCCGUCAUUAACCGCAGCAAGAGGGAUAUCAAACGUUCCAAGACGUUGCCCUCGAAGUCGCCUGUUCGAACCGAGUUUGUGGAGAUUUCAGAUCGCUCUGAAAAGAAGAUCGAUCCCGCAAAACUUGCACCAGCAGCAUCUCCAUACCUGAAGCCUGCCCUGACGCCAACCUCCAUGUCCGGCUCCGAGUCUGAAGCCGAAUCCGUUAGCGUUGUUGCCGCCCCGAUCUUGCACGGCCACGGCCAACCCACGACGUUUCAUCUCGACGACCGGGAACCCGACUGGGAACUUUGUGCGCCGCCACCUCGAGCGGCAAAACGCGAAGCUCUCGUCGUCCCGGAUAAGCCUGUUUCAACACUUGUUCGUUCUCCCUCGCAUAGGCAGCCAAAAGUCACCAAGAUGAGCGCCCUCUGUUCACACCCGGCUUCUGCGCCUAUCGACGUACCUUCGCCGCUGCAGCGACUACAGAGUCUCUCGACCCCACCGCAUUCGGCUAGUCGGCUUGGGGAAAAACGUGCAGAGAUUCAAGCACGCAGACGAGAAGCAAAUGGCGACAAUAUAGUAACCGCAAAAGCUACAGUGGGACUCGCGAGAAGCGUUUCUCUCAGCAGAGCACACAGUCCCCGAACUGUGGUCCGUGUCUCAACCAUACCGAUUGAGGAGCGAGUCCUUGACAAACUAGCCCUUACACCCACCAUGGUCGAAGUCAAGAACCGCAAGAGUCAUAGAGUACAGCUCGAAGACGCUUAGACGAUUUUCCUUUCUUUUUUUUUCUAUCUUUAUAUCUUCCAUCAUUCAAACUCUUUCCACAAUCUUUAGCUUCUGGCAUCUUUUUCUUAUGUCAUUGGCAUUUCAAGGCUGCGCUUCUAGCGAUAGGGGUUUCUACAGGCUUUUUUUAACGGCGCCAUGUCUUUUUCUACCUGGCGGGCACUCAUCGUGCUUCGCUCAUUCACAUGGAUAGUUUUUUUUCGCCCUUGUUGCUAGCGGGGGUCGUUUCGGUCGGAGUUAUCAAAGGCCUAUUUGGCCGUUGUUUGAUUGCAUCAAUAGGGGGAUUCUGGUGUCACACUGUGCAAGGCGUACUGCUGGACGGUGUGCAAGGGUGGUUGGGUUGGGUGGGUAAAGGGGGAAUGGAUGGAC